AUGGCAUCUGUUUGCGAGGUCCUUCUCCAGACGUUAGAUGACCUGGUCGAUGAGGACCUGAAAAGAUUUCGAUGGCAUCUUCAGCAACCUAAUCUCCCAGAAUUAUCUCCAAUACCCAAGGCUCAUCUGGAAAACAAAAGUCGCUGUGAUUUGGUGUCUGUGAUCCAUGAACACUUUGGUGACCCUGCCGCCAAGAAACUUGCAGUUGAGAUACUGAAGAAAAUGAACAAGCACAAUCUUGUUGAGAAACUUGCGAAUGCUACUAAUGCCAACGAGAAACCUAAGACAGUGCAGAGGAAGCUGAAAGAAUCACUGAGAGAGAGAUGCAGUGUGAUUCUUCACGAAAAAUUAAUCAAUGAUCUUUCUUGCAAACUCAGCCAAGUUUACACAGACCUCUAUAUUGUAAAGGGAGUCAGAGGUGGGGUGUACACUGAGCAUGAAAUUCGACAGAUUGAUGCAUUGCCCAGAAUGUCCCCUGGUGAUAAACCCAGCAUCAAAAGCUGUGAUAUUUUCAAAGCAUGUCCUGAGGAAAAGACACCACUCAGAAAAAUGUUGACACUGGGGACUGCUGGUGUAGGAAAGACACUCACAGUGAAAAAGUUCAUUUUAGAUUGGGCGGAAGGCAAGGCGAACUCUGACAUUGAUUACAUCUUCCCACUCCCUUUUCGCAACCUCAAUCCAAUAACUGAGAAAUGCAGUCUGGUGCAGCUCGUUCAUCACCAUUUCCCCUGUACUAAGUCAGAGAGCACAAGUCUCUUCAAUGACAAGAAAGUGCUUUUUAUCUUUGACGGGCUUGACGAGAGCCGACUGGACCUGAAUUUUGCUAAAAAUACAGUCAUCCGCGAUGUGGAACAUGAAACCACCCUGGGCGUCCUGAUUACGAAUCUCAUAAAGGGAGAGAUGCUACCAUCUGCUCUGGUUUGGGUCACAUCUCGCCAUGCCGCUGCCAGCCAUGCCCUUGAGUAUUUCCACCAAGUCACAGAAAUCCUGGGCUUUUCAGAUGAACAGAAGGUGGAGUUCAUCAAGAAGGUAAUCAAAGAAGAAGACAAAGCCAACAAAGUCAUCUCCAACAUGAGAACAUCCAGUAGCUUCCGUAUUAUGUGCAGUAUACCCGUUUUUUGUUGGUUAUACACCUCUGUGCAUCAGCAUACAGAUGACCAGGAGAUCCCAACCACUUUAACAGGAAUGUACGCGGAGUUUCUUUCCCAUCAGAUCAAACUCUCUGAGAAGAAAUAUCAGAAAACAGACAACAUAGUGUUGAAACUGGGAAGGCUGGCAUUUCUGCAACUGCAUAAAGGGAAUCUCAUAUUCUAUGAGGAAGAUUUGAGAGCAUGUGGUAUCGACAUCGAAAAGGCCUCUGUGUAUUGUGGGGUCUGCACACAAAUAUUUAAACAGGACAGUGAAAUAGAGGAGAAAAGGUGCUUCAGCUUUGUUCAUCUCAGCCUUCAAGAGUUCCUGGCAGCCGUUUACGUAUUUCACGCACAAAGAAACUACAACAGAAACCCAGUCCUGCACAGUCUCACAGGGAAGUUGAAAUGGAUUGUCCAUCAUUCCUUGCUUGAUCUGUACAAGACAACAAUUGACGAGGCCUUGCAGAGCAAAAACUGCCACCUGGACCUCUUUCUCCGUUUCCUUCUUGGGCUUUCUCUGGAAUCCAAUCAAAAACGUCUCAGAAAGCUCCUUCCGGACAUAAAGAAACGGGACCACAAUGCUGACGGGAUUGUCAGUUACCUCAAAGAAAAAAUCAGAUCAAACAUCUCCCCCGAGAGAAGCAUCAACCUUUUCUUCUGCCUGGAUGAGCUGAAAGACGACUCGCUUGUGGAAGAAGUUCAGACCUACGUGAAGCAUGGAAGUCUUGCAUCCAAGGAGCUUUCACCCACGCAGUGGUCUGCUCUUGUGUUCCUGUUGCUGACUUCAGAAGAUACGCAGAAGCUGUUUGACUUAAAGAAGUACGCUCAAACAGAGGAAGGGUUGAGGAGACUCCUACCAGUGGUGGGAAAUUCUAACCGGUCCUUACUGGACCAAUGCAGCCUAACCAGUGCAAGCUGUAAAGAACUUGCCUCUGCCAUGACUUCAUCAUAUUCAUUUCUGAGACACUUGGAUGUGAGUGACAAUAACCUGCAGGACUCCGGAGUACAAAUGCUUGCUGAUGGUCUUAAAGUUCCACAUUGCAAACUGGAGACACUGAGGUUAUCCGGCUGUAUGGUCACAGAGAAAGGAUGUUCUCAUCUGGCUUCAGCUCUGAAGGACAACCCUUUGCACCUGAAAGAGCUGGAUCUCAGUUACAACAACCCAGGAGAUCAUGGAAUGAAUUCACUGAAUGAAAGACAUGAUGAUCCAGACUGCUCACUUGAAAAGCUCAGUUUUGACUACUGUGGUCCUAUGAGAAUGGUGACUGGCCCUCAGAAAUAUAUCUGUGAACUCACACUGGAUCCAAACACAGCUCACCACCAUCUGUCUCUUUUGGAGGGUAACAGGAAGGUAACAUGGAUGAAAGAGGACCAACGGUACCCAGACCACCCAGACAGGUUCAUGUUCAAGGAGCAGGUUCUUUGCACGGAGGGUCUGUCUAGACGGUGCUACUGGGAGGUGGGCUGGAGUGGUCAGGGAAUUCAUAUUGGAGCAGCCUACAAGAGUUUAAGACGAGACGGACCGGGCGAAGACUGCUGGCUGGGACACAACGAUGAGUCCUGGAAGCUACACUGCUCUCGCGAUAGCUAUACUGCCUGGCACCACAAGAUAAACAUAUACCAGUCUGUCGCCUGUUCUCCGAAAAUAGGAGUGUUUCUAGACUGGGAAGCUGGCACGUUGUCCUUCUACAACAUCUGCACUGAGACGAACACACUGGAACAUCUACACACGUUCAACGAGACAUUCAAAGAACCCUUGUAUCCUGGCUUUCGAGUGUUAAAUGCCUCAGCAUGGCUGAAUUACAACAGUGGUCUGAGUUUUUGAUGAUAUUAUGGACUGUAGAUGAUGAAAUACCUA